CAGUGCCCUGGUGGACAGGUGCAGGGGCAUCAUGACCGAAAACUCCACGUCAGCCCCCGCGGCCAAGCCCAAGCGGGCCAAGGCUUCCAAGAAGUCCACGGAGCACCCCAAGUAUUCGGACAUGAUCGUGGCCGCCAUCCAGGCCGAGAAGAACCGCGGGGGCUCCUCGCGCCAGUCCAUCCAGAAAUACAUCAAGAACCACUACAAGGUCGGGGAGAACGCAGACUCGCAGAUCAAACUGGCCAUCAAGCGCCUGGUCACUACCGGGGUCCUCAAGCAGACCAAAGGGGUCGGGGCCUCGGGGUCUUUCCGGCUGGCCAAGAGCGACGAGCCCAAGAGAUCGGUGGCCUUCAAGAAGACCAAGAAGGAAGUCAAGAAGGCGGCCGCCCCGAAGAAGGCCACCCCCAGAUCCAAGAAGGCGUCCUCCAAAAGCCCGAGCAGGAAGCCCAAAGCGACUCCAAUCAAGAAAGCCAAGAAGAAGCCAGCCAGCGCUGCCGCGGCGCCCAAGAAAGCCAAAAAGCCCAAAGCGGUCAAAGCCAAGCCGGUCAGGGCGGCCAAGGCCAAGAAGGCCAAGCCGGUGAAGCCCAAAGCCAAGUCCAGUGCCAAGAGGGCCGCCAAGAAGAAGUGACAGCCCUGUCGCUGGCAGUGGACACUCCUUCCCGCCUCCCUGUAAAUACUCCUUCUCUCUUACUCUCUCCUGCCCCCCUCAACCCUGUACCCCCUUUCUAUUUUGACUUCAUCAAAGACAGCAUUGGGAGUCCUUCCUUUCUCCUUAGCUGGUUGCGAAUAACAAGGAGACGGUCUGUGGAUUUGUUACGGA